GAAAAUGAACGAUACAUCUUUAUCUGAGGAAGUAAAAGGCGAUUAUUUGUUUUUUUCAACUGAAGACCCAAUCCGCACUGUCUACGCUUUUUUGGACAGUUUUGUUCUUUUUGUUGGUCUUUCAAUGAAUUCUUUAUUAAUUUACCUGAUCCGAACUAAAACAGCAGCAGGAAUGGAAAUAUACAAAAAAUUGCUUUAUAUGAGUUGUUUUAUGGAUUUAAUUGUUUCUUUUUGGACAUUUAUUGUCCAACCGAUACCAGUAAUUUCGCACGGUUAUCGAACCGUUUUGAUGAAUGGAAUCUUUCGUAAGUCUUCACAACCAAUUCGUUAUGCUGUCUAUCUAAUUUGGGUUCAAAUGCUGAUAUUUUUCUUAAUAACAACAAUAACACAAUAUGCUUACCGUUUUUGUAUUUUAUGUAGAAAUGGGGUUGUUUCUUUAAAAUUUUUUGGAUGGAUGACUUUUGGACAAACUUGUCUAUUUUUUGCUCAUGGAUAUUUGCUUGCAUGGGCUGACUAUCCACGAGAAGGAGAAAAAGUUUUUAUGAAGGAGAUAAGAGAAAAAAUUAUGGAGGAGUCUGGAUUAACUGAUGUUGAAUUUAUUUCUUUUGUUAAUGCGAGAAACUUUCGUUGGCUUGUACACCUUGUAAUUAUGGGUAUUAUUGUACCUGGUUUUUACAUUGUAAUUGGCAUUUGUUUCUUUAAAAUUCGAAAAGAAGUUCAAGGAAUGAAUGUUUUAAAAUUAAAAGAAUAUAGCAAUCAGGUUUCGGCCGCCCUUCUUUUUCAGGCCCUACUUCCAACAUUUGAAGCUUUUGGUUGGGGUGUUCAAACAUUUCUUCCUGUAUUUGUUACCGAACGUAUUAGCACUGUAAUCUACACAGUUUUUACUGACAUUCCAAUUCAUUUAAUACCGGCAUUAAAUCCAAUUGGGACUAUUUUGCUUGUUGCUCCAUAUCGCCGUGCUGUGUUUCGCUAUUUUGGAAUUACAAAAGCCCAUUCAACAAUUAUUCGUAUACAAACAACAAUUCAAACAAAACGCCGUCAAGGGACAGUUAGUAUUCAUCCAACCACACAUAAUUGA